AUGGGUGGUAUGAACUAUCAUGUCAAUAUUAUUUUCGAAGAUGGAGUCGUUUGGCUUUGUCGAAUCCGCCGGCGAGACGUAUCUUCCCCUCCCACCGUGUUGCAGAAUCGUAUUCUCCUCAGUGAAGCGGCUACCUUGCGCUAUCUCUCCACAACGUCUGUUCCGGUUCCCAAAGUGUACGAUGCCAUCGCCGAUUCUCCGUCUAACCCUGUUGGCGUUGGAUAUAUCCUAAUGGAGAAACUGCAGGGAAAGUCGCUCGAUUGGUUCGACUUGGACCGUGACGGCAAGUCCAAGAUUCUGGAGCAACUCGCACAGAUUUAUAUAGAGCUCGAGAAGCAUGUGUUCCCUGCGAUUGGGUGUCUCGAGGAGGGAGGCGUAGUGGGACAAUUGGUCAACAGCGCUGCCGCGGAUGUAGACGCUGUUGGAGACCUUCAGCUUAUGGGACCGUUCACCACUUCAUUCAAGUACAGGUAUACGCUCGUCAUGCAUCAGCUUGCUAUCAUCGGAAAUGGAGAAGUGUACGCCUCAAAAGCGCAUGCCGUCGAUGCAUAUCUUGUCCACCGAUACCUCUUGGAUCAUAUGUCCCUCUUCGUUCCACAAGACGAGAUGGAGAAGUCUGGCUACUACCUGAAGCACAUGGAUGACAAGGGCGAUCACAUUCUUGUCGACGAAGCACUCAAUAUUCUUGGCGUGGUUGACUGGGAGUGGGCACAGACAACGUCGAAGCGCGAGGCGCAAGAGUGA